AUGAACCCAACAAUGCCUCCGUUGGACAUGGCUUCAUUCCAUCCUGAAACCAUGAAAGCCUGGCUGUAUUCCGACGCAACUGGUGGCCUCGAGAAGAACAUGUACCUUGAUCUCUCUGCCCCCGCACCACCCGCACCACAGGGCAACGAGGUUCUGGUCCGAGUUCUCUCCGCAGCCCUGAACCCCGUCGACCACAAAUUCCCCGAGGCGGGAAUGGCUGCACGCAUGCUCAUAGGCACACCUGCCUCCCCGGGCACAGACCUCUGCGGGCGCGUGGUCGCAACAGGGCCUCUAGCAAAGCAUUUCAAAGAGGGUCAGCUGGUCUUUGGAGGUUACCCGAGAGCUGUGCAGCGCGGGUCGCUGGCGGAGUAUCUCACCAUCGCAGCAGAUAGGAUUGCGACUGUGCCAAGUGGAGUUGCAGUAGACCAUGCUGCUGCUGUGUCGCUGGCCGGACUGACUGCGUAUCAGAGUCUGGAGGGGUAUGUGAAAGCCGGGGAGAAAGUGCUCAUCAACGGAGGCUCCGGGGGUGUUGGGAUUUUCGCUAUUCAGAUUGCGAAGCAGAUGGGGUGCCAUGUGACGACGACAUGCUCAACUAGGAAUAUGGAGUUGUGCUACCGCCUUGGUGCGGAUGAGGUCGUGGAUUAUACGGUGGAACCGGAUCUUGUGGCCAAGAUGCGGCAGCGGGGAGUUGUGUUUGACUGCAUACUUGACCUUGUUGGCUUGCCUUCUACGCUUUAUUAUCAGUGUCAUCGUUUCCUCAAGGCUGAUGGUGCAUUUUUGCAAGUUGGUGUGCCGGACAUGAUGACUGUUGUUGGGCGUUUCAUGUGGCCCUCUUUCCUUGGGGGUGGACAGAGGAAGUUUGUCAUGGUGAUUGUGAAGAAUGAUCCGAGGCAGCUGGCUCAGCUUGGAGAUUGGCUCUCUGAUGGCACUAUCCAGGUCCAGCUGGAUAGCGUGUUUGAAUUUGAAGAUGCAGUGAAAGCCUUUGAGAAGCUUCGAUUAGGUCGUGCGAGGGGCAAGAUUGUUGUGCAUGUCAACGAUCCACACGCACUUGGCAUGGAGUCCUUUGGUAUUGGGCUUUGA